ACGUUUCGUGACGUAGUAGUUGAUAGUGAAGCUACAGCUGAGAUUCUGCUAUUGGCUAUGUUUAUAAAAGCUGAUGGUGGUUCGUGGAAUCAGGGACGUAGUGCAUGAGGUAUUUCAUGAUACCUUGAUGGAUAUCGUUUGAGAAUUUAAAAGUGAAAUUAAAAGACGAUUUAAAAAAGACGCAUUUCUAGCAAGCCUGGCAUCGAGUGCAGAUUCCGACGACGGUGGAGUAUCUCCCCCACCCUUUAAAAAGCAGCGCCUUUCUGCAGUCAGUACUAACAUGCAAGCCAGUAAUGGUUGUCAUAAUGGUGAAUCAGCUUCUACUAGUAAUGACUUGCAAAACGGUACUUGUUCCUUUGAAGAAAAUGUGGAAAUUAAUGGAGACGUUCACAAGACGAUUUCCACAAAGAUAAGAUCUCAAACAGAUCAAGACAUAAUACGAUUAAUAGGCCAGCAUCUUCGAGGAUUAGGAUUAAAUCGUACUGCUGAACAGUUAAUGAAAGAAUCUGGCUGUAGAUUAGAUCAUCCAUCUGCUGCCAAAUUUCAAGCUCAUGUUAUGGAUGGUGACUGGCCAAAGGCUGAAACAGAUCUGGGUGAUUUAAAGCAAUUACUGGAAACACAACAUUCCUUGGUCGAAAUGAAAUUUUUACUUCUGGAGCAGAAAUAUUUAGAAUAUUUAGAAGAUGGUCAUGUGCUUGAAGCUCUUCAGUGUUUAAGACAUGAACUGACUCCUCUUCGAUUUAACACUAAUAGAGUACAUGAAUUGAGUAGCUAUAUGAUGUGCAGCACUGGAGAGGAACUGAGAAGAAUGUCUCAUUGGGAUGGAAAAGGAGUGCACUCAAGGCAAAAGUUGAUGGAAAAACUUCAAGCUUUCCUUCCUCCUUCUGUGAUGUUACCGCCAAGAAGGCUUCAAACCCUUUUAAAUCAAGCAGUAGAGCUUCAGAAAGAUAGAUGUCCUUACCAUAACUCAAAAUCUGACAGUAAUUUAGAUAAUAUUUCUCUCCUGAUUGACCACACCUGUACAAAUAGGGAACAGUUUCCUUGUGAGACUGUUCAAGUUUUGAAAGAUCACUGUGAUGAAGUUUGGUUUUGUCGUUUCUCUAAUGAUGGUAAAAAAUUAGCUACUGGCUCAAAAGAUACCACUGUGAGCAUAUGGGAUGUUAAUCCUGAUACUCUAGAACUCACGCAUCGAAGAACAUUCGAAGGCCAUCCUGGAGGGGUUUCCUUUUUAGCUUGGAGUCCUGAUGAUACAUAUCUCAUAGCGUGUGGUCCUGAUGAUUCCUCUGAUUUGUGGGUUUGGAAUAUUGCUACUGGCGGUCUUCGAAUCAAAAUGAACCACUCUCCUGAAGAUAGCUUAACUACAUGUGCCUGGAAUAAAGAUGGAAAACGAUUUGUAUGCGGUGGAACUAGAGGGCAAUUCUAUCAGUGUGAUUUAGAUGGUAAUGUUCUAGACUCUUGGGAAGGUGUUCGUGUUCAGUGUCUGUGGUGUAGAAAGGAUGGUAAAACAGUCUUAGCUGCUGACACUCAUCAUCGUAUCAGGGGCUACAAUUUUGAAGACCUGACAGAUUUCAAUAUAUUACAAGAAGGGCAUUCAGUUAUGUCUUUCACUUGUGAUGAUUCUGGUAGAUUGGCCUUAUUGAAUGUUGCUACACAGGGUGUGCAUCUAUGGGAUAUUGAAGACAGGGUUUUAGUACGAAAGUUUCAAGGUGUGACUCAAGGAUAUUAUACCAUUCACUCUUGUUUUGGUGGAGUCAAUCAAGUUUUCAUUGCUAGUGGAAGUGAAGAUAACAAAGUGUACAUAUGGCACAUUAAGAGAGAAAUGCCAAUAGCUGUUCUUCUUGGUCAUACACGCACUGUAAACUGUGUUUCUUGGAAUCCCACCUACCCCAGCAUGCUAGCUAGUGCCUCUGAUGAUGGAACAGUGAGAAUCUGGGGUCCAGCUGAAAGGUACCGUUCAAACAAAGGUAAAUAUCUAUUUCCUUUAUUAAAAUUCUAUUUAUGUAUAUAUACUGUACAGUAAUGCCUUCAGAAUCAUGUGAAUCGAAA